CGGAGGAUUGCUAAGCGCUCUCUCCAGCCGCGGCGGCUUUGAGCAGGUGGGCUCCGCGUCGUCGAUCAGGUUGGGGCAGCCGCAGCCUCUUUCGGCCCGAGGGAGCGGCGUCCGGCAGGAGCCUCAGGAAUGGAACUCGAGGCGGAACGAGAGAAAAUCAGGCAGGAGAUUGAAGAACUGGAGAGGAGUUUGGGCCCAGUCAUUCCGUCAGAUGGAAUUGGAGAGCUAGACUCUAGCUUGGAAUCUGGCUCUGAAGAGGAAGAUGGCCUGGAAGAGGAUGAAUCUGAUACUCAACUUGACAUGGAGGUGGACCAAGGUGGGGAGAAAGAUGACGGUGAGGAAGAGGAAGUCAACCUACCCCAAACCCCAGAAACCUGCCUCCAGAUGAACCUGGUUUAUCAGGAAGUGAUUCAGGAGAAGAUUGAGGAGAUCAACAGCCUCCUUGCCCAAAAUAAAAAGCAGCAGGAAAAACUCACCUGGGAGCUCGCCGGAACAAAAGGGAUAAAAUCGAGCGAUGGGAAAUCCUUGCCAGCAAAUAUGUUUUUGGGCCAUUUUAUGAAGCCGUAUUUCAAGGACAAAACGUCAGGCUUUGUAAGCCACUGGGCAAAAAUAGCCUCGGAGUUGCCCCACCGCUCGGGAUCUCAGUGUCUAAGCAAGUGGAAAAUCUUGCUGGGGUAUCGAAGGUACAGGAGGAAGACGGAAGGAAACAAGCGCCAUCCGAGGCGCCGACGUGUCCACCGAUGGAGCUCCAGCCCCUCGGAGUCCAGCAGUGAAUAUUCAGACCUGGAUUUGGAUGCCCAGGAGGAGGAGGAGGAGGAGAGGCCCAAGGCCCACCAGCCCAAGGGGUCGGGUCGCUGGAGGGUUCCCAGCCUGGAUCUCUGGGUCCCUGCCAGGAAAGAGCCAUUGGAAGCCAACCCUGGAGGGCUGCCCGCUGUCACUCUGCUUUCGAAAGGUUUGGAUGUCAACAGGAAGCGGCGGAUGGACUCUGGGCCUCUGCUGGGUCCGGAAGAAGACCAGAGGACAGACGAUCUCGUUGACCUCGUCCCAGAGACUCCAGAAUUGGCUCAAAUGAAAGGGAAUGAGAAUUCUGGAGAGCCGAGGGAGGCAUGGAGGGUUUCCUUGGCUUAUGUGAAAAGUGUCCUGAGGAGGAACAGUUAUGAGCAGCAGAGGAGAAAUAGGGAAAUCAGAAGAAAGAAACGCUUUGCCUCCAGCUCCUCUGUUGGCCCCAGAGGCUCCCAGUCGGCCCUGCUGGCCAGUGUGACGAAUGGAGCCAGACGGCAGAGGGACGGGAUGGGGAAGACGACCCUCAACCGGAGAUUGAUGGUGGCAGUCACGCCCUGGGCUGGGAACAUGGUGCAGGAGUGGGCCCUCCGGAUGAAGGAGGCGGCUUCCCGCAAGUCAAAAGCGGACAUGAUCUUCAGGCAGCUGCAGACGGGCCAGCUCACAAGCACACCUUUGUUCACGUUCCUGAUUCAGCUCCUCCAUAUCGACGUGGACGGCUGCAUGAAGGUGAUUCAGAGAAGGAAAUCCCGGCAGCCGGAGCUGCUGAAGGCCAUCGCGCUGCCUGGGGGCGACAGCAAGCAGCCCUCGUCUUCACAGGAUGCCAAAGCUCAGCUCGGCCAGCCAGCAGCCAGCGGCCAGCCCAGCAAGAAGCUGAUUCCUCUGAAGGCUAAAGAGGGGCCUGUCCCCCCCAACACAUGGAAGGCCCGCUCACCACCCGGCGUGGCCCCCAAGCCGAAAACCGUCUCGGAGCUGCUGCGGGAGAAGAGGCUGCGCGAGCAGUCGGCCAGGAAGGGCGCCCAGAAGAGGGUCUUCCUCGCCCCUCAGCUGCUCCUCUCGACCUCUGUCGUGGUCCCACAGACCAGGGGUCCCAUCGCCCCCUUGGCCAACUGCCCUAACGCUCCCGCGGCCAGCCAGGCGUCCCCCAGGCUUCCUCCUGCUUCGCCUUCCGUGCCUGGAAGAGACUCGGCCUCUCCCACAGACCUGGCGGGGGCCUCUCGGGAGAGGACCCUUCCCUGCAACGGGGACAAGGACGAGGCCGCUGGAGGAGAAGGCAGAGACAGCAACCAAGAUCCUGCUGGGCCUCCUGCUAACGUGAACCCCGUCCUGGCAGAGGCCCUUGGCCCCACUCCGGCCUCUGGUGCUUUACCUCCCCUCCUGCCUACAUUGGUAGCUGCCCACUCGCAGCCCACUGCCAUUGCCCAGCCCACCCUGCCCAUCAGCUGGGUGCUGACCCCUCAGGGCCUUCUCCCGGUCACUUUGCUGACCCUCCCCAGCCAAGGAAAGCCACUGGCCAGUGGCCCUCCGACGAAUCCCAGCCAGCCUGCAGAGACCUCAGUCCAGAUCCCCACCCCAGCUAUGGGGGAUCCGGUGGUAGAGGGAUCCCCAAUGCAAGCGGGCCAUCCUGGCUGCCCCCAGAGUGAUGCAGGACCUCGGCUGGCAGAUGUUCCCCCUCCUCCUCCUCCUCCUCCGCCACUUCUUGGAAACUCCACAGAAGUGGGAUGCCCUCCGUCCCCUGCUGGUGCGGGGGCGCCUUCCUUGCCUUGCACUGCCUUUGGAGGGACGGCGGCCAGCCCCCCCAAUUCAGAGGCUUUGCCCCCACCCCAUCCGAAUCGAGGCCCAGCCACGCAAGAGGUCCCCUCCGACCCGGCCCUGCAGGCCUGCCCCACGCCAGGUCCACCCCAGGAGGGCGCUGCUUCCCCACUUUCUCGCCUCCUUUCCCUCGAGGCGGAGACGGCCGUGAAGGCGUGGGCCAAGGAGAGCCGGGAGGGGGGGGCUCCCUUGCUGGGAAGGGGACUGCCUUAUCUGCCCCCGUUUCUGUGCAGCUUGAAAACCCUCUCGGCGCUGCUGCUGAAUAAACCGUCCCUGGAGCAGAGCGCUGCCUCUCUCCUGGACCCCGAAGGGCAGCGGGAGGAGCCCAGCCAGCCGGACCUGGAGGCCUUGAGGCAGGCGGUGCGCCAGAAGCUCCAGGACAACCCUGCCUAUCAGCUCCUGAGAGAACGGUUCUUGGCGGCCUUUAGUUUCCCAGCUGCUCUGGCCGCGCUGCCCCCUCCCAGGGUGGCCACGACCCUCUCGGGGGGCAGGUGGUGGGAGAGCAGCCAGGGAGAAGAUUCCAGCUCGUCUUUGGAAGAGGAGGAGGAGGAAGGAGAAGAGGAGGAAGAAGAAGAGGGGCAGGAAGGAGAAGAGGGGGAGGCUGAGAGAGAACCCCAAGGAGCAACCAGAGAUGGCCCUGCUGAAACAAUGGAGGCCAGCGAGGAACUGGAGGAGCCUGGAACAUAUGUCGACUCGGACCACAGCAGCCCAGGCAGGAUCCGGAGAAGCCGGCGCCUCCAGAAAAGGGGGAGGAUCCAUCUGUGACGGCAGCAGCCCCUUUGGUUCCAUUAGUCUCUCUAUUCCUAAACUCCAGUGUGUGUUUCUGGGGCCCUCCUGUGUUUGGCCUGGAAAUGAAACCCCCAAACCCAGCGAGGGGUCGAGUUUUUUGGGGUGGCAAAGUUCUACCUCUGGCAUCUUUGCUACUGGGUAGAUUUUGACAAUUAUGAGCAGCAUCUCCUGUCUUAGGAGGCAGGGAAAUUGCCUUCCUCACUUCUAAAGCUGCCUUCCCCAAUCUGGCGUAACCAACAGAGGCUAGGAUUGCGGUUUUCGGAAUUCCCCAGCCGGCAUGGUCAACACUGAGAAUUCUGGGACUUUGGCAGAUGGAAACUUGAGGAAAUUGGCACGAGUCCUAGUUGUCCAACUGCAUUGUGAACAUUGCACUGUCUGGCAAACCAAAACGCCCUUUUUGCUCUUAUUUGUGACAGCAGGACAGUCCCGACAUGCUAGAUCUGGUGUUAAGCCUUGAUAAAGGUAUGUGUUGUUGGGGCAGGUCGCUUUUUUUGUGUUUUGUUAACCAAAGGGUGGAACCAAGUCCUUCGUGUAAGCGCUGAGACACAAUUCUGCAACCCAUAGGAUUUUUGCUACAACUCCCCCCUUCUUCCAGGCCUGAGCUGCUUCUCCCAAGACCAUUUGCAUCAACUCCCAGUGAUGGGAGUGACCUUCCAGGAAAGGAGAAGCAGGAAGUGAUUGGCCGUAGCUAUGUUGACUUGGAUUCUUGAAAGAAGCUAUUUGGGUUAUAUGGACUGUUUCUCAUUUUGGGGAAAGGAAGAAAACGUAGCUGUGCUUCUAAGACAUCGGGGUCAGUUGAAUCCCUGCGCAGACCUGUGUGUGAGCAAGCAAACCAUGGCCUCCCACAAUUGGAAUAGCAGCUGCUUUGAACACAUUUUUUUUAUUUUUUUACUCGAUUCCGAGUGGAAUUUGUCUCUUUUGCA